GAGCCAAACAGCACAGACUUCUCUCUCUGCCAUCAGCUGAGGUUUGACGUUCACAAUGUCUUCACGAUCAGAGGAGGAGCUGUCCUGUCCGAUCUGUCAGGAGAUCUAUAAGAGGCCUGUGCUUUUGUCCUGCAGCCACAGUGUCUGUGAGCUCUGUCUGAAGAGCUGGUGGAGAGAGAAGCCCACAAAGGAGUGUCCUGUUUGUAAGAGAAGAUCCUCCAGGAGCGAUCCUCCACAGAACCUGGCUUUGAGGAACUUGUGUGAGGCCUAUCUACAGCAGGGAGAGAACAAGGCUCCAGAAGAACAUGUGUGUCCACUGCACUCAGAGAAACUUCGGCUCUUCUGUCUGACUGACCAGCAGCCUGCCUGCCUGGUGUGCCGAGACUCUAAAGUUCAUGAAGACCACCGCUUUAGGCCCAUAGUAGAAACAGCACAGGAGCUCAGACAGGAGCUGGACCAGUCCCUGCUGCCUCUGAAGGAACACCUACAGAAGACUAAGGACGUUCAAAACAAUCUUUUGGCCAUUACAGAGCGUAUAAAGGAUCAGGCUCAGGAUGCACAGAAGCAGAUCUGUGAUGAGUUUAAGAAGAUGCACCAGUUUCUGGAGGAGGAAGAGGAGGCCCGGCUGAAGGCUCUGAGGGAGGAAGAGGAGCAGAAGAUUCAGAAGAUGAAGGACAAGAUGGAGGCUGUGAGCAGAGAGAUAGAAGCUCUGUCAGAAACCAUCAGAGCCACAGAGGAGCAGCUGAGAGCCGCAGACGUCUCCUUCCUGCUCCAAUACAAGGCUGCAGUGGAGAGAGUGCAGCGCUGCCCCCUGCUGGACGAACCGCAGCUGGGCCCAGGAACUUUGAUAGACCAGGCCAAACAUCUGGGCAACCUGGCCUUCCACAUCUGGAGCAGCAUGAAGACGAUGGUGCACUAUUCUCCUGUUGUUCUGGAUCUAAACACUGUCGGAAAUGAAAUCAUGCCGGACGAUGUGACCAGUUGGACACUGAAAAAAAACAAAACGAACAGUGCCUUAGGUGUUUGCUCUGAUGGUUACAGUUCAGGCUCUCACAGCUGGAUUGUAGAAGUGGGAGACAGUGACAGCUGGGUAACUGGAGUUGCCACCAGAAAUGUAAUGCCUGAUUUAGAUGAGAGUGACUGUGACAGUGACAGUGACAGUGACGACAGCGACAGCAACAACGACAGUGAGAAUGAGGCCAAUGAUGAUGGUGAUGGCAGUGAUCAUGGUGAUAGUGGAGAAGAUGUGGGUGAUGGAUGGGCUAUAAGUUUGUCUAAAGGCAAAUAUAAAACACACAACAAUGACGAAGACAGUGUUAAUCUCAAACUAACACCACGUCCUCGAAGGAUCAGAGUCCUUCUUGAUUGUGACAAACAUGAAGUGAGUUUUUAUGACUUAGACACUGACGCUCUCCUUCACUCUUUCACACAGAUCAGCUCCGAGAAACUGUUCUCACAAUCUGUCAUCAGAACUGACAGUUCCAGAGACAGAGAGAUAGAAGCUCUGUCAGAAACCACCAGAGCCUCAGAGGAGCAGCUGAGAGCCGCAGACGUCUCCUUCCUGCUCCAGUACAAGGCUGCAGUGGAGAGAGUGCAGCGCUGCCCCCUGCUGGACGAACCACAGCUGGGCCCAGGAGCUCUGAUAGACCAGGCCAAACAUCUGGGCAACCUGGCCUUCCACAUCUGGAGCAGCCUGGGCCCAGGAACUUUGAUAGACCAGGCCAAACAUCUGGGCAACCUGGUCUUCAACAUCUGGAGCAGCAUGAAGACGAUGGUGCACUUCUCUCCUGUUGUAAUGGAUCCAAACACAGUUUGA